AUGCCAGGGGUACCAAUAGUUGGGCCGGUCAGAAACCAGAGCGACGAAGGUAGAAGAAUUCUUCUUUCUGUUUGUAUCUCUAAUUGCUGUUUCGCUAGGGACUACAUCGCCUCAGCGAAUAUUGUCCUCCAAUAAAACCAGUUCGUCCAAAAGUUCUCUUCAAAUGCCUCUGCAAAAUGCGUGGGCGCAUAAUAGGCGGGAGUACGGACUGGAGAGUUUGGUCCGAGGACCGCGAUGCGCAAAGCACUCUCUGCGAUAUGCAGAGAGUGUGGGAGUCGAGGAAGACGAGAGAGGUGUGGGUUUGGAAGAAGAGGAGCAGUGCGAGGUCGCGAGAAAGGAAACCACCCUCGCUCUGGGAUCCCAGGCGACCACGGCCGGCGUGGGAGGCAGAAGCGCCUCGGGUGGUGGAGGAGGAGGUGGUGGUCUGUUCGAGUUGAUGUUGAUGCAGAUGUACUGCAUCUUGAUCGUUGUGGUAGAUGUUUUAUCUCUGGAGAGAGCAGAGAGAGAGCAGAGAGAGAGCAGACUUGGUGGGUUGAAAUUUUGA